AUGAAUGCGACGCCACGCUCUUCAACAAUCCUCAAGAUCACGACAUCGUGCUUCAACUCCGUGAGCACAAAAUCUACGCUCACAGACUUGCACUACGCAUGUGGUCACCCUUCUUCAGUCGCCACAAAUCCUAUCUUCCUUCUCGACGAUGGACAGGAUUACCUCGAAGACAUCAAGGAGGCGAUGGUCAAACACAUGUGCGGCAUGCAUUACGGCAAAAGCCCAGGAAACACCCCUCAUUCCUGCAAAGUUUUGGUGAUCACAUCCUACGCUGUGCUCGUUCUGGCACCCACCUACCAUAUCGCUGUUUUCACGGCAGCAGACAGAUAUGACUGUGUCACUGUGCGCAGAGCAGCUCUCGAGGCCUUCGGUACCUGUUUAUCACAGAUACGAAUAUCACCACGCUCCCAAACCAAUCCCGACGCUCUAUCAGAAGCCGAGGUGUCUCGCCUCAUACCACUCAUCAAGAGUGUUUGCGGUCCUCAUGCUCCCCAGCUUGCCGAUCGGACCUUGUAUCAGAAGAUGUUUGAAAGCUGCGAGCACUGGCACAGGGAUUUGUCGCGCUAUGAAGCAUACUCGCAGUCACUUCCCGAGAUCUAUGAUUGCCGUUGCCGAGACAAGUUGAAUUCACUGCACUGGACUGCAUAUCUCUCCUAGCUUUAUCUCCUUUGCU